AUGAUAAGUUCAAGGGUCAAUGCUCGAGUUUGGCAAAGAUCUAUUUCUAUCUUGAGACCUCAAGCGGCCAAAGCAGAGAGCAAUAUUGUUUCCAAAGAGAGAACAUAUAUUGAAGAGUUGAACAAGGAUAUCGCCACUUCUCGUUUCAAACUGGUGGAUCAAAACGGUCAAAUUGCAUCUAUAACUGUACAACCUGAUAUUCCGAUCUGCAUUAAGAAGGAUUGUUUGGUUUCUAUCCAUAAUUUGAACCAUCUCUCCCUUUCUUAUAAAUGGCUCAAUUUUUGGUCCAAUUUGAUCAAAUUCCGUUCAUUUAGAUCUUCGUUAUUUCAUAAGAUCAUUGGGUCCUCUACUAUGGAAAUUCUAGCUUCACCAAAUUUCCAAAAGUCGGGAAGGUCUUCCAAUUCUUCCAGGACUUUGUCUGUGUUGAAUUUGACGGGGACUAAGGAUUGGAAUGUAUUUGGCAAAGAUUCAAUAAUUGCAUUUGAACAAAAUUCCAGUUUGGAAAUCAAAUCGCCAAUCUUACCCACGCCUAGGACUCUGGCUUCGGGCUCAUUGAAGUCUCGACUACCACCGAAAUUUCAAAUUUUGAAUGGCAGGGGUAAUGUACUAGUGUGCGGAGGUGGUUCGGUAUAUUCAAUGGAAUUGAUUGACGAGAACGACAAAAUCCUGGUGAACUCCCGGAAUAUUUUGGCCAUCAACGGUCAAAGCCAAUUGGACAUUGCCAAUUCCGUUGAGAGACAGGAAUUGCAUGUAGAGACCGCGAACAUCGAGGAUAGUGGUAAGAGAGUGCCCAAACUUAUCACGAACCCAACGUUACAAUCCGCCUACGGACACACCACUCGGUUUUUCAAAAGACUAGGUAGUUGGUUUCGAAACCAAUAUGAAAAGAGAUACAUUUACGGUAUCGAUUCGUACUUCAUGAAGGUGAAGGGCCCGAGAACAAUACUGAUUCAAACGCACGAAAUGACGACAUCUAAAGAUAAUAUUCUAAGCAAAAUAACUUCCAAGGGCCACGUCAGGAGGAACACAGAAGACGACGUCAAUGACACUCUAGAGGAACGGGUUGCCAAUGAUGUCAAUUCCAAGAUAAUCGAACUUGCCAAUAGACCUUCAUUGUUCAUUGCGACUGUGUCCAAAAAUGGGAAGAUUGAUUUUCAAAGUACUUCGAAGUUCACAUAA